ACUCCUCACCAAUUAGUUCAAUCAAUCCUCCUUAUAUUCUUCGUUUUCUCACAUCGAUCGAUCCGCCAGUUCACUACUCUCAGUUCAUCAUGGGUGUUUUCAAGUACGAGGAUGAGGCCACCUCCGUUAUCCCUCCGGCUAGGCUGUUCAAGUCCUUUGUCCUAGAUGCCGACAACCUCAUUCCCAAGGUUGCACCUGAGAACGUCAGCAGUGCUGAGAAUAUUGAAGGAAAUGGAGGGCCUGGAACCAUCAAGAAGAUCACCUUUACCGAAGGCAGUCAUUUCAAGCACAUGAAGCACAAGGUUGAGGAGAUCGACCACGCAAACUUUAAAUACUGCUACAGCGUGAUCGAGGGUGGUCCUUUGGGGAACACGCUCGAGAAGAUCUCUUACCAGAUCAAGAUCGUGCCAGGCCAUGAUGGAGGAUCCAUCUUGAAGAUUACCAGCGAGUACCACACCAAAGGCGACUGUAAGCUCGAUGAAGAGGAGAUUAAGGCCGGCAAAGAAAAGGCAGCGGGACUUUUCAAGGCUGUUGAGGGCUACCUCUUGGCACACCCUAAUACCUACUGUUAGAAUAUAUAUCCAAAAUAUAUUCUGAUAUUUGCAUCUACAAAUAAAAGCGUGUUGUGUGUCCCCUCAAUGUUCAAUAAUGAGUUGUACGUGGCUUUGAUGUUGGUUUUUUUGGUCUACCCAUAAAUACGUACUACUUAAUUUUGGCUUGCUAAAUAAAAAGAGUUUGCGGUUGUGAUCGAUCGUCUGCUUGCUUGAGAUCGAUCGAUGUACGUUGUAAUUUUGACUCGGAAGGAAGAUGCAAAGUGAAUGUUUAUAUAUAAAUAAUGGAAAUCAUCCGGAAGUUAUAGUAUUACUUGCAAA